ACUCUCAACCCUAUAAAAGAAGAUGAUGGACAGCAGACGAAAAUACUAUGCAGACAGCCCAUCCAUAUAUAUAUAUAUAUAUAUAUAUACACACAUAUAUAUUUCUGAGGUAGACUUUAUUGUGUUCUUGUUGGUGCUUCUACCAGAUUGGUGUAUUGAUAAUUCAUUCAACCAUCAAAUAAGUAUGUCUGAUGCAGUGAGGGAGGCGAGGCCGGUUGUCAGAAAGUUUCUUGCCAGGCAACAAAGGGAAGGCGUUGGAGCUGUCGUCCGGAGAAGCAUUGGCAGGCCUGAGAUAAAAUAUUUUGACCCUUUUCUUGCACUGGAUGAGUUCUCAGUAACAGUACCUGGUGGAUUUCCUGAUCAUCCACAUAGAGGUGGUUUUGAGACUGUCACCUACAUGUUGCAGGGAGCCAUAACACAUGAAGAUUUUGAGGGACACAAGGGCACAAUAGAAGCUGGCGACGUGCAAUGGAUGACUGCCGGCAGAGGUAUUGUGCAUUCCGAAAUGCCGGCAGGUGAGGGCACUCAAAAAGGCCUACAGCUCUGGAUCAACCUCUCCUCUAGGAUCGAGCCGAGGUAUCAAGAAAUGUGUAACACCGACAUUGCAGAAGCUGCAAGAGACGGCGUCAAGGUGAGAGUGAUAGCAGGGGAGGCAAUGGGAGUAAGUUCUACGGUUCAUACUAUAACACCUACAAUGUACUUAGACUUCACUAUCAAGCCGGGAUCACAUAUCCGGCAGGCCAUACCGCCUACAUGGAAUGCAUUUGUGUAUACUCUAGAGGGUGAGGGCACAUUCGGGAAUUCCCGAUCCACGCCUGUUUCCCCACACCACCUGCUCCUGCUAGGCCCGGGGGACGGGCUCAAUGCAUGGAACAGGUCGGGGAGAGCAAUGAGGUUUUUGUUGGUCGGGGGAGAGCCUUUGGAGGAGGCUGUGGUGCAACACGGGCCGUUUGUGAUGAACAGCCAAGAGGAAAUAGAACAGGCUGUGGAAGAUUAUGAGAGCUGUAGCAAUGGAUUUGAGAAAGCAAGAUGCUGGAAAUCUGAAUUAAGUACUGCAUUUGGUUACUGAUAUUAUGGUUUUAUUUUUUACGGCCAAGAAGAAAUCAAUGAAUAUUAUUAUUAUUAUUAUUAUUAUUA